CGGCCGGGCGGAGCCGCGCGCAGAGCGGGGAGCCCGGCCCGGAGACGGCUCCGCUCCCCGCAGCCCCGGCCGCCCGCCUGGGACCGUCCGGCCGGGCCAUGCCUCCGUGGGCGGCCGCCCUCGCGCUGCUGCUGGCGGCGCUCGGCCUGCUCCUGCUGCGCCCCUGGAAGCGCGCCGUCGGGGCGCGAGCCCCGGGUGGGGAGCACGGGGAGCAGGAGGCGGGGAGCCGAGGCCCCGCGGACCGGUUCAGCGACCGGCGCGAACCGCUCCCCGGCGGCUGCAGCCUCAUCUGCAAGCCGUCGGCGCUGGCCCAGUGCCUGCUGCGCGUCCUGCGGCGCUCGGCGGCGCUCGAACCCGGCCCGCGCUCCUGGCUGUCGGGGCCCCACCUGCAGACCUUCCGCCACUUCCUCCUGCCCGUCGGGCCCGGGCCCGAGCUAGCCCGUGAGUACCUGCAGCUGGCGGACGACGGGCUGGUGGCCCUGGACUGGGUCGUAGGACCCUGUGCCAGGGGCCGCCGGGUCACCGGCACGGGGAGCCUUCCGCCCGUGCUGCUGGUCAUCCCCAACGCGUGGGGACGCCUCACGCGCAACGUGCUGGGGCUGUGCCUGCUCGCCCUGGAGCGGGGCUACUACCCGGUCAUAUUCCAUCGCCGCGGCCACCACGGCUGCCCGCUGGUCAAUCCCCGACUCCAGUCUUUUGGGGACCCAACCGACCUCAAGGAGGCCGUGACUUACAUUCGCUUCCGACACCCAGCAGCCUCCCUGUUCGCGGUGAGCGAGGGCUCGGGGUCCGCGCUGCUCCUGUCCUACUUAGGGGAGUGCGGCUCCUCCAGCUAUGUGACCGGUGCCGCCUGCAUCUCGCCCGUGCUACGCUGUCGCGAGUGGUUCGAGGCUGGCUUGCCUUGGCCGUAUGAGCGUGGGUUCUUGCUACACCAGAAAAUCGCUCUCAGCAGGUACGCCUCGGCCCUGGAGGACACCGUGGACACCGGCAAGCUCUUCAGGAGCAGCUCCCUGCGGGAGUUUGAGGAGACCCUGUUCUGCCACACCAAGAGUUGUCCCAUCGGCUGGGACGCGUACUGGGACGCCAACGACCCACUGCGGGAUGUGGACGAGGCCGCCGUGCCGGUGCUGUGCAUCUACAGCGCCGACGACCCGCUGUGCGGGCCCCCAGACCGCACCCUGCCCGCCGAGCUUUUCCACAGCAACCCCUACUUCUUCCUGCUGCUCAGUAGUCACGGGGGCCACUGCGGCUUCCUGCGCCCUGAGCCCUUGCCGGCCUGGAGCCACGAGGUCAUCCUGGAGUCCUUCAGGGCCCUGACUGAAUUCUUCCGAAUUGAAGAGAGGAUGAAAGGGCUGAGCAGGCGCAGGACUUCAUUUUUAGGGGGCCGGCGGCGCUGGGGAGGCCUGCAGAAGCGAGAGGCCUCCCCCUCUUCCAGUCUGGAGGAGAUCUUCAGCUGGAAGCGGUCUUACACCAGGUGAGGCUUGCCUCUGGGAAAGCCCUGGGACCUGUGGGAAAGACUCCAACCACGGCUCUUAAACUGGAGGAAGCAAAUUUUCAUCCUGAGCGCACUACCUUGAGAAGAAAUUCCCUGGCUCUGAGAAACACAUUCUUGUUCGUCCUGCUCAGCCCCGGGUCAGUGUCUCCUGGUGUCAGUCACAGUCAAGUAACAGCCCGGUGGCUGAGUCGAUGGGCUGGAGAGAAAAUGCUAGCUAGCUCUCUUAGCUGUGACUCCAGAGAUGACCUUAUGAGAGUCGAUGGGUGGUUCUGUCCCACAUAAAUAAUCAGCUUGGUGACUCUGUGUCUCGAGCCGGAGCCACUUGGUACAGAAAGGACAGGAUGUUUGUGUCUAAGUCCCACUUCCCUCAUGUGCUCUGUGGUCGUGGUUAUGCUCUAACUUGCACAGCUGCAGCUGGGGAUGCAGGCUGCCACAGAUGCUCUGCUUAGCUCCCAGAAGGCAGCGGAGGCAGGAGAUGCUGAACUGGGCCAGCGUGGAAAGAGCUGCUGAGGGUAGAAUGUGAGUGUCUGUCCCUGCCUCUCAUGAUGGCUGGGAGCUGCAGGACUGGCCGGAGCCAUCUCCAAAGAGUAUUUUAGGAAUACGAAGUGUUGUCCUGGGCCUGAGGGCAGCCAGGUUAGGCCAGAUGCAUACAGACCUUCAGUUCAGACGCAGAUGUGCUCCUCCUGAGCUGUGUGCUUUCUCAGAGCUGGAAUAACCCUUAUAACAGGAGCUCUGAGCAGUUUCCUUUCUAUAUUGGUACUGGCUUCUCCCUUUCCAGAGCCAGGCAAGAGAUCUGGGAUCAAAGGAGACAAACCCUCAAGAACUUGGUGAAUGUGAUCCAACUAUUUAUGCAUGUCUCACGUUACCAGCUUUGCCUGUUCAAUUAUUCAAAGGGCAGAAAAGCUGCCUUCUGAACCCCUUCCCUCAGCCACUAAGUGGGCACUUGGUUUGAGGAGCAACAGUGCUGAAGACCAGAGUGAACUAACGCAGAGUGCACAGGUUGGCGAGCUAACCCUGGGUUGUUAGAGCCGGACUUCUGGACCCAUGUGCUGUGAAGAUUCAAAAUUUGCCCUGGAAUUUUAUUUGUGGUGCUUGGGCCUCACUUGAAAGCAAACACUCUACCACUGAGCUGCACAUACAGCCCAGAAGUUAUUUUUCAGUUUAUCAGUGGAAAAGGAGGCACUAAUUUCAGACUUAAAACAGCUAAGCAAUUUCUAAGAAAAUUAUUUUACAGCCAAAGGCCACAUUCCAAGAUGGUACACAAAGUGCCCAGGGGCUGUGUUUGGAUAAUCGUUUGUUUGUUUGGUUGGUUGGUUUUGUUUUUGUUGUUUUCUGCCUGGUCUCAGCUUCAGAGAUACACUAGAGUGCUGGAACAAAAGGCAUGCACUGCCCCACCCAGCCUUCUAGUCUUGUUCUUGGAGAUUAAGAAACUCUGAACUAACUCCAAGAUACAAUACAGACAGCAUUCAAUUAUCUAAGGCACAUAUCCUAUUGUGAAAGAAGUUUUUUCCCUCUUCUCCACUCUGGCCCCUCCCUCACAUCCUUUCUGUGGCAUUCUUUCAUCAUUUCUGAGCAAGCAAGAGAAAUGAAAAGGAACUGAACUCUAAAGAGGAAGUUCUUCUGUCGCUGGUGAACCACAGCCAUGGUGGAAGGCUUGCUUGGGGAGGACUACUGGCAUAUGGUCACCCCUCCCCCCACGUCUGGGACAGAAAGGAUUUCAGUUAAUUAGGGUCCUGCUGGCCCAUAUACCAUUGGAUCACUCAGAAAUAAUGGUAAGAUGGGAAAUAGCCUGGUGGGAGUUCUACCCUAAGGCUUAAAGUGUCCCUAAUGGCAAAAAUCUGGGCAAUUUUUCUAGACCAGUUACUAAUGGACACCAUUUUUCCAGAGAACACUUGUAAGGAAUAGCUGGUGGUUUGGGGGGGUUAUUUUUGGUUGUUGUUGUUUUGUUUGUGUGUGUGUUUUGUUUUCGUUUGGUUUGGUUUUUUAGAAAAGCAAGCUUGCUAGGGAGGGAAAGGUAGAGACUGCAGUAACUUUUUCUUCUUUUUUUGUAGAGCUGGUGGUUAAACCCAGAGCCAAGCCUUGCACACACCAGGCAGCACAUUACCACAGAGCUCCAGAGCUCCACCGUCCACCCUGACAUAGGUCUUGGAGCCCUCAGAGCCUUGUUCAGGUUCUUUGGGUCCCAUGCUGAAAGAACUGAUGAUUUAACCCUAAAACAUUUCCCUUCAUGCUCCUCAUGCAGAGGCUCUCAGGGAGCGCCUUUUUUUUUUUUUUUUAUGGCACCAUCUCACAAUGUAGCAUUGGCUGGCCUGCCACUCACGACAUAGACAAGGCUGACAUCAGACUCACAGAGAUCCACCUGCUUCUGCCUUCUGAAUACUGGGAUUAAAGGUGUGCGCCACCAUAUCCCACCUAAGAGAUUUACAAAAAGAAAACUCUGUCCAUUACUGCUCAGACAGUAGGGCUGAAGGCUGGAAAUGUAGCUCAGUUGGUAGAGUGCUUGCCCAACAUUCACAGGCCCUGGCCUCAGUCCUCAGCAUUGCAUGAACUGCUGUGAUGGUACAUUUGUAAUCCCAGAGGUGGAGUUUCAGAAGUUCAGGGUCGUCCUUGGCUACAUAAUGAGCUUGAGGUCAGCAUGGGCUACCUGAGACCCUGCCUCAAAACAACAAAACAAACAAGCAAACAACACAUACACAAAGAAACUAGGGCAAAGGAUCAUCUUUGCCAGAAAGUGUGGUUUGUGUUGGAGCAGGAAGGUUCUAAGGACCCUGCCCUUUGUCCAGAUUUACUCUGGGUAAACAGCUAAUCUUACGAAACAGCCAGAAGAGACCCAGGCACGCUACCAUGAGAAAUCGUGGCUCUUUAACAACAAAAACCAACCAACCACCACCAAAAACAAGCUCAGAGUUUGAGGAUGCAACGACAACCCCCAAGAAAUAGCAGUGAGUGUCCAUGUGGGUCCCCGUCCUGACCCUCAUGGACCCCCUGUUUUGGUCUCUUCAUUAUUCACAAGCACCUUCUAAGGGUAAAAGAAGAUGGGUGUGGGGAACCAAUGACUUCAGCAGUCAUUAUCUCAGGAAUAGAUACUGAGCCGUAGCUUUUGCCUAUAAUCCCAGCACUUGGGAAUUAGAAACAGGUAGAUCAGAAGUUCAAGGUCAGCCUCAGCCAUAUAACAAGCCAGGGCUAUCAGACAGCUUGUUUCAAAAACCAAAAAAUAAAUAAUAUGAGAAAGAAA